UUACGAAGCUUAUUCCCAAUUUAUCACAUCACGCCCGUCAAUGCGCAGCGUUUUAACUUUUUAGGAUUCAUCAAAACUGGGUGUAAUGGAACAACAGCUAUCAUCAAUUGCAAGCCGAAGGGUCGGUUCGCGAGAGAUUUGAAUUCAUGGAGGAAGGAGGAGGAGGAGAAGAGCAAGUAAAACCAAAUAGAGAGAAAAUGGAGGAGCUGAAGGAAGGAGUGGCAUCAAUAGCAUUGUUGCCAUGUGGAUCCAUCUCUGGCCACUUCAUCCAGCUUCCCCAGUCCAUUUGCUAUGGUCUUCAUGGCACUGAGUUGGCUUGUGAUAGGGAGUGCAGCAGGGGUGAGGAUUAUCGCUUGAUCAAGCUUACAAUCACCGAUUACAAUAGUGGGAAAGAGCAAGCUGUUGUUGUUGAGUGUAGAGGCCAUGAUGCUGCUCGCUUCCAUAACAUUGAUCAUGCCGAUGGCUGGGAAAAGGACAUUGUAGCUAUGGCAGAACAAAAGCAUGGGAAGCAAAAGACUUUUGUUUCAUUCGAGUGUGAGACACUGAAAGCUGAGAAAGCUGCAGAAGAGCAUAUCAGGAAGUUCAUGCCAAAAUUAGCUGGGCUAGAUGCUGUUGUCAAUAUUGGGCAAAUGAGGCUAUCAGGGUUGGACUUCGAAGCGGACGACAAGCCAUGAAACAGAUGACGUGAGCUGAUGCAUGGCAUCUUUAUAUAUAUAUAUAUUGAGGAAAUCUUUUAUAUAUAUAUAUGUGACUGUUACUAUAUUACAUUUUAGAGUUUUUUUCUAUUAAGUAGUGAAAUUUUUAUAAAGCAAAGCAGCACGCUUUUUUUUUUUUU